AUGCUGGGGGUAAUAAAAAAAUACAGCGAAACAAAGAAUAAAGAUAGAAAACUGCAUGAGUUAAAUAUAUUCAAGCUGGCAGAGCAGAAUAAGCCCCUAGCUGUCCGUUUAAUCUAUCAUCUCUUUGAUAUGGAACCAUUAACAAAUCUUUACGAUACAGGAGAUGUAUUAUAUCGCAUAUUCUCAAACAUGGAACGGUGUCUUUUCUAUGACAAUUUCUGGAAAUGGGUAUACCCUAUUAUAGAAAAUAAAUUAAAAGAUAAAGAAAUAGGAGCAGAGAUUGACCUUCUGAAAAUAUUUGAUAAGAAUCUUUUUUACUUAUUCGGCACUUCUCCAGUUAGUCCAGCUCGGGAUAGGGAUGUAAUAAGAACCUAUCUUGACUUAGUAAAUGAGGACAUUUCAGAAGAAAAAGUAAACCAAUACAAGAAUAUAACUCCCAGACAGGUUAUGAAAGUAUUAAUAAUAGAAUGCGAAUUUAACAUGGAAGGAAUUUUUAUGGACUACAGAAGAAACAGCUUGCUUUCUAACAUUGGAAAAGUAAUAAUGAGCCUAGGAAAUCCAGCUAAGUACAGCACGGAUGUUCACAAAGGUUUAGAAAUAGCAAGGAGUAGACAAGAAGAUCUGCUUGAUUUUUUGCAGAUUUUUUGGAAAGGCCGUGUUGAUACAUUUAUUUCAAAUCCCCCUGAAGAAAAUGUUAAAUACUUCUGUAUUUACAAUGAUAUCACGGAUUAUUUCUUUCAAAAUACACAGGAUAUCUUUAUGUCUGUCAGAUGGAUGUAUAAUCUGAAUAUACCCAUCUCUCCAUUAGAAGAGUCUACUAACGAUGAGAAAAGAUUCAACAUGAUGUGCUUCGAUAUGUCCUACAUCCAUCCCAUGCGUUAUAUAUACAUGCGAUGUGAGUAUGUUAACGAUCUAUGCAAACCAAAUAUUAAAAGCGAUAAAAAGCCUUUCUCAGAAAGAGAUUUAGAGAGCAAUCUUCUCAGACUAUACAAAAUAGGAAAAGAAAAUAGCGACUCAACGCGAGCAGAUCAUAUGAAGAGCUGCAUCAGAGCAUGGUUUAUAAGAAAUACCAGUGUGACUUACGGUGAAGAAAAGCAUCAGGAGUACGAUAAUAUGGCUGAAGAUUUCCGGUAUUAUUUGAAUAAAUCCCGGAUUGAAUGGAGUAAGAAUAACCAAAACAAAUGA